GCCGGGGUCCAGCAGCCGGCGGCGCGGAACCCGGGCGGGCUCACUCCGGCCGACCAUGCCCGCCUCGCGCGUGGAGUACAUCGCGCCCUGGUGGGUGGUGUGGCUGCACAGCGUCCCGCACCUCGACCUCCGCCUGCAGCCGGUGGACAGCACCUUCCGGCCCCGCGAUGAGAGUUACCAGGAGUCGCUGCUGCUCCUGGGCCUGCUGGUCGCCGUGGGGCUAGGCCUGAACCUGGUCUUCCUGGCCGCCUACCUCAUCUGCCAGUGCUGCCGGCGGCCGGCCCAGACGCUCACCACCAAGCGGCACGAGCCCUGCAGUGUCACCUGGACAGCCGUGCUGGUCGGGCUGCUGUGCUGCACUGCCGUGGGCGUCGGUUUCUACGGAAACAGCGAGACCAACGACGGGGUGUCCCAGCUGAUCUACUCCCUGGAGAACGCCAACCACACCUUGGCCGGCAUCGACGAGCUGGUUUUCGGCGUCACAAGGGGACUGCGUGGGGACCUGGAGCGGCACCUGGCGCGGCUCAGUGAGAUCCUGGCCAGCCGCGGGGACUACCUGCAGACGCUGAGGUUCCUGCGGCAGAUGGCCACUGGCAUCGAGGCCCAGCUGGCCGUCAUCCCCGUGUGGAGGGAGGCCACCGACGCGCUGACCGAUGUGGCCCACCAGACUGACCGCGUGGAGUAUUACAGGUGGCUCUCCUACCUUCUGCUCUUCAUGCUGGACUUGGCCAUCUGCCUCCUCGCCUGCCUGGGCCUGGCCAAGCGCUCCAAGUGGCUCCUGGCCUCGAUGCUGGGUUGUGGGGUGCUGACCCUGCUCCUCUGCUGGACAUCGCUGGCUGUGGACACCGCGGCAGCAGUGGCCACCAGUGACUUGUGCGUGGCUCCCGACACCUUCAUCUUGAACAUCACCGAAGGACACCUCAGUACAGAGGUGACCCGCUACUACCUGUACUGCAGCCCCAGCUCCAGCAGCCCCUUCCAGCAGGCACUGACCAUCUUCCAGCGCUCACUGACCACCAUGCAGAACCAGGUGGCCGGCCUGCUCAAGUUCGCCCUCCCCUUCUUCCCCACAGCAGAGGACGACCUGCUGGCCAUCCAGUUCCUGCUGAACUCCACUGAGGCUAGCCUCCACCAGCUGACCGCCCUGCUGGACUGCCGCGGACUCUACAAGGACUACCAGGACGCGCUGGUGGGUGUGUGCUACGACGGCAUCGAGGGUCUGCUGUGUCUUGGCCUCUUCUCCCUGCUGGCCGCCCUGGCCUUCUCCGCCAUGACCUGCACAGGGCCCCGGGCCUGGGCCAGCUUCGCUUCCAGGGACCGUGACUAUGAUGACAUCGACGAGGACGAUCCCUUCAACCCCCAGGCCCGGCACAUGGCUGCCCACAGCCCGCCUCGGAGGCCUCUUCACAGCUUCUGCAGUUACAGCAGCGGCCUAGGCAGCCAGACCAGCCUGCAUCCCCCUACGCAGACCAUCUCCAACGCGCCCGUGUCUGAAUACAUGAACCAGGCGGCGCUCUUCGGAGGGAACCCUCGCUACGAGAACGUUCCGCUCAUCCGACGGGGCUCACCCCCUCCCACGUACUCUCCCAGCAUGCGACCUGCCUACCUGUCUGUGGCCGAGGAGCAGCACCUGCGACACUUCGGGAGCGAUUUUCCAGCCUAGCGCCCGUUGGGGCGUCGUGCCUCGCCAUCCGCCCUUCCACCACGUGCGGCUUCGGCC